AUGCCGUCACCGUCUGCCGCUAUGGAACCCGUCAGUGAGAUACUCGACGAAAUACUAGGAUCGAGCAAUAUAGAGAAGCGAAGGCAAGAAGAUGCUGCUAUGACCAUCCAGCGAGCGUGGAGAAAGAAAGUUGCGGCUCGUUCCAGAUCAAAGUUGUUUGACCCAGACACGCGGUGGAAGGACGCUGCUAUCCAUGCUCAAAUGCAGGUGGACAGGCAGGGUGCUGAUAGAGGCAGAAACGAUCCAAAGACGCGCUGGAAACGCGCUGCAUUCCUAGCAGCUCGUCUGCAAGAUGACAACUCUAUGUACGAGAAAGAUACCCCAGAACAUGGUAUACCAGCAGAGGAGAAGAUAUUGGAAACUCAGCACUGGCUCGAGUUAGUCGACGCGUAUGUGGACAAGUUGUUGCUCAAUGCCAUUCGACUGGAUAUUUAUGAGAUUUAA